UACCGACUCAGUGACAGAAAAUUGACAAGUGUUUUUUCUUUAAGUUGGCAUUGAUCGAAAUUUUGUUUAAUUAUCGUGGGCGAUGAUGCAGUAGGUGCUGAAUAUAUCUCAGGAGGCGAUUGAAACUUUAAAUGAUACGAUGAAUUAGGGACGCUAAAUAAAAAUUGCGUGUCACACUAUUUUAAAUUAUACAAGUGAGCUCCAUUAUUGAAAUCGAUGAAGAUACGCAGCAUGGAGUUCUAACACACUUUCUAGGCAUAAGAAACAACCUGAAACAACCUUUAGUAGGUACCAGUUUCGCUUUGUCCCUGGCUUUAUUAAUUUUGUUGAGCGACGGCGACUAAAUUUACUAUCUUGUGGGAUGUAAGCUUGGCUGCAUACAAAGGCAAUCAUAAAGAAAAUAUUUGGCGCAAAAUAACGUGCAAAGAAUGCCUCUCACAGCUCCUUACAUACUUUAUGAACUUUAUUUGAAAUAAUGAAAUUAAAUUAUAUUCAUAGAUAGUGAUUGGAUUCUUAGUGGAAACAUAAAUAUGAGGCUUAAAAAUUAAUACCAAAAACAACGUAUCAACUGGCCACAUAAAUUCUAUGGAGGAAAAACCUUUUUAAGUCAACUAGAUUAAGAUUGAAAAAAAAAAUGUGAAUUAAAUAUGUACGUCAAAAAAAUCAACAAUUUCAUUUAAUUAAAUAAAUAAAAUUAAUUGCCAAGGCGACCACAUAUAUCUAUAAAAAGGUUUUUGGAAAAGCAUGGAAAGGAGGUAUAGAGUUAUCUUAACACGAGACGUAUUUGAGGUUUUAGAAAAUAAUUGUUCUGAAGAUAAUACUGAAAGAUUGGAAACUUCUGAAGUUCUACCAGAUUUUGAGCAUCACUGCAAGCAAUUAUAUUACCAUGGUUUGUUUUUGUGAUUUCUUUCAAAAUAAAAAAGCCAAAAUAACAUAAUGAUUUUGUAAAUAAAUUGAAUUAAGGUAAAACUUUCGUUUGAUAGAUAUUGCAUUUAUUUUCUUGAUGACAGCUUGAGAGCCUAAUGGAGGAAUAUAGUAAUUUCGAUAUCGAUAAUAAAAUUCGAAACAUUUCUUUAAUUCGUGUUUUAUUUUUGUCAGCACUGCUGAGUGCUCAUAAUUUGGCAGGGUGUCCGUAGCCUAGGAAACGGGUGUAGCUACAGAAUAACAACACUGAUAAGUCAUUUUCCUUAUCGUGUUACAUAAAAAUAUUUUUUUGUGUAUUCAUCCAAGUAAAUUCUAAAUGUUAAGAAAAUCGUAAUCACCUUUAAAGUGGCGAAAUAUUUAAGGAACAAUGAAAAUUUUGACAGUUCAAAGUAUGGCUGGCAGAUUUUGAGUGCGCCGGCGACGAGGUGCUCGUGGAAUCGUCGCCGCCUCCAUCGCCAGGCAUGGCGGCGAGUCUAGCGGCGCCCACACAGGGCAACGGCGCCGGCAAUACUUCGCCCUCGGCGGUACGCGAACUCAUCGUUAUACCGGAGAUACCGAAUUCUAUACAACUACAGCAUGCUAUGCAACAGGUGUCGAACACUUUGGUGGAGGUGAAAGGGGAUAGCUCGGGGCAGUCCAGUCCAUCUGUGGACGCUCAACACACGUACAUCACCGUUGCCAGGUCGUGGACUGGUCGGUAUCCAGAAGCAACGGUAAAAGCCGAGGAGCACAGUGAUGAAAGCGAGGGGGGCAAUGGAACCAACUACCACGUACAGUACGUCACGGAGCCACAAGAGAUAUACACACAAGGGAAUCAAACGCAUAUGGAGGAGCUACGUACGUACCCGGUGUACGGAGUCGCCACCGUCGCGAACCCGGCCCCGGCCGAGGGCACGUCGUUCGACAGCAACUGGGGCGGAGCCUCCUCGGCCGAAUACUCCGCUUAUGGCAUCGUUGUGGCCGGCGACGAGGCGGAGGCGCCGUCGUCCCCCGCGACCCCCGGCGCCCCCCGCAUGCCCCCCGCCACCGUGCAGUGGCUGCUGGACCACUACGAGACCGCGGACGGCGUGUCCCUGCCCCGCUCGAGCCUGUACGCGCACUACCUGCGGCACUGCACGUCGCACCGCCUGGAGCCGGUCAACGCGGCGUCGUUCGGCAAGCUCAUCCGCUCGGUGUUCGUGGGGCUGCGCACCAGGCGGCUCGGCACGCGCGGCAACUCCAAGUACCACUACUACGGCAUCCGCGCCAAGCCGCACGCCGCUGCCGACACCAGCGCCGACACCGCCGCCGCCGACAAGACUGACCUCUACGACGCACAGGAAGGUAGGGCGCGUUCAAGCGAGCGCGAGACCGCGUCUAGUCCGGUGGGGAUCAGCGGGGUGGCGCACCGGCAGUACCUGGGGACCGUGACCGCGCCCGACCCCCCCGAGCUGCUGCUGGACGAGCUGCCCGACGACGUGCCGCCCUCCGCCCUCCCCGCGCUGCGGAAACAUCACAGAGAGCACGGGAGCUCGUUCCUGGAGGCGGUGGCGGCGCUGGACACGAGCGGCGUGGAGCGCACGCGCCGCUCGUUCUGGCGGGGCGCAGCGGGGGGGGACGCGGGCGCGCUGUGUCGCCGCACGCUGCUGGCGCUGGCGGCGCGCCGGGACGUGGCGCGGUGGCUGCGCAGCGCCGACCUGCUGCUGUACCAGCGCGCCGUCGACCUGCUGCUGCCCGACGUGCUGCGCCCCAUCCCGCCGCAGCUCACGCAAGCCAUCCGCAACUUUGCCAAGACUCUCGAGUCGGCUCUGGCGGGCGCCUCCAACGGAGCUCCGCCGGCCGCCAGUCGGGCGCAGGCCGCCGCCGCCGCCGCGCUGGCCGCUGCCCUGCGGCGCUACACCUCACUCAACCACUUAGCGCAGGCCGCCAGAGCCGUGCUCACUAAUCAUCAUCAAAUCCACCAGAUGGUGCUGGACCUCAACCGCGUGGACUUCCGCGUGGUGCGCGAGCAGGCGGCGUGGGCCUGCGCCUGCGCGGCCGCCCCGCACGCGCUGCGCCUCGAGACGGACUUCAAGGCCACGCUGUGCCGCGGCGCGUCGCUGGAGCAGUGGGCGGCGUGGCUGGAGGGCUGCGUGGGCGCGGCGCUGCUGCCGCACGAGGCGCGGCCGGGCUACACGCGCCGCGCCCGCCGGCUGCUGCUGCACUGGUCCUUCUACUCCUCGCUCGUCAUCAGGGAGCUCACGCUCAGGUCGGCGGCGUCGUUCGGCUCGUUCCACCUGCUGCGGCUGCUGUACGACGAGUACGUGUCGUACCUGGUGGAGCGCCGCGUGGCCGCGCACCGCGCCGCGCCGCCCAUCGCCGUCAUGCAGCGCGCACUCGACGACGAUGACGACGUGGCAGAGGACAACUCUCGCGGCGACGGCGACGACGACAACCCGGACUGGGAGUGGGACGACGAGGACGAGGAGGACGACGAGCCUCUCGACAACAAGAAGCACAAACUCAACGACUGAGCUCAAGUUUCCGAACCGAGCAAGUUCAGAUACGGUUGGGUGUUGUUUAAAGGGAGUCACGGAGGACUCGUCGCGAGUGACUAAUACGAACACAGGAUUUAGUCUCGUACGUUACUGUAAUUAUAUAAGUACCAAAGAAAUUGUUUUAAGAGUUCUUGUCACUUGGCUUGCACCGGCACACCGACCACUGCAUUAGGCUAUUCACGUUCUGUGUGCUUAAUGCGAGUACUUUAACGUUGUCGAUAGCGUAAACGUUAACUCAAUUUUGUAUGGAGUUGGAACGUUUGCCUACGUUUGCCGCUAGGGGCGCUGUUUCAACUGCAUACGUAGUUGAGUUAACUUUUACGCUAUCGACAACGUUAAAAAACUCGCUCUAAGCACACCGGUUCUCGGAGGUUUAACGUAGGAGAGUAGAUAGAUAGAUGUGAAACUAAAUAUUUUUUUAAUGGUUUUCAUUAUUUUGUUGGGUGAUUGCGUGAUAGAAUAAUUGCAUCAACGGACUGAACCCGCGCUGUUUCAUUCGAGAAUUGUGUUUGUGUUAAUUGGUCUGCUAAAGUGUUUAUUAUAUCCAAAAGUUCCACAGGACAGAUGGAACUGAUUUUUAAAUACAUUUUAAACAAGUUUCCUAGAUGAAGGCCCUUGCAAUUUGUCUGUUUGUUCAUGUUUUUAUUCUUGUUCGCCGUAUCGAAUAGCUCAAGUUAGUCUAAACUAUGUUUAUAUAUUAUUACAUCGUUAUACACAUUAAAAUAAAUAAUACUUGUAGUUCCUUAUUUCGAAUCAUCGACAUCGUCCCGUUAGGAUUAAAUCAUAUUAUAUUAGUCUAAAUUAUAAUAAUUUUAACGUUGUCACAAAGUGAAUUUGUGAAGGGUGUAGCCAUUUUUGAAAGUAUAAUAACAAAAAUAAAUUUCAGUUGCGCCUAUCAUUAUUAAUUCUGUCUCUGUCGUUCUUUAUCAAAUCUGGCAGCUUAGAAAGAGAGGGAGAGAGAGACAAACUAUAUUGGUGUUUGUAGUUUUAUUAAGUUUUACUCGCGUUGAGUAUGUUGGAGAUUAGUUAAUAGAAUGUGCAUUCAGUUAGUUGUAUUUAGAAAUGUUUGCAGGGAGCCGGGCCGUUUGCAAAUAUACCUACAAUAGAAUGUACCUAAAUUAUAAUAUAGUAUAGUAUAAUGACGUCAUAAUCUAGGAUUAUAUUAGAUUAUAAUGUCACUAUAAUAUAACAUAAUCUGUUGUUUAGUAACGUAAUGAAGGGAGAUUGUAAAUUAAAGCAAUCGAACGAACCGAUAAUGUUUUCGAUCGAAUUAUAAAUAAUCAUCUAGGUACGGUAAAUAAUUAUCGAAUGAACAUCAUCAAUAAUUAUAUACUAUACUCUAUUCCAAUUACGAAAUCCCUUUUGUCACUUCUUAGAACGUAAUCCUUCACGUUUCGUAUAAUUUGAAAUAAUAAUCAUUUUUGUUCAUGAUUGUAAAUCAUCAUUUAAAAAAUACACAAUCAAUCUAAAUCAUCAUACAAUUAAUUAACACACACAAUAACAUUAUCUGUUAAAUGCGACUUCGUAAUUGGAAUAGAGUGUAGGGUAAGCACUUACUCUCUCAUCAAUGGCCUACGUCCUACUCCACCAGAGAUUCCUAAGUUCGAUAAUUUAAGCCACAACCGCCUAUAAUUUGAUACACGUUCAAACUGUUUUUAUAAUUAGCUUCUCAUUUCUAUCGUUUCAAAUAAUUGAAGACAUGAGUGGAUGAAGUGGAUAUGACACAAUCUGUUAAUUUUGAGAAAACGGGCAACAGACUUUUGUUACUUGUCCUUUUCCUUCGUAAGAAACUCCUUCAACACAUGAGAAUCACAUGCAUUAAAAAUAGCCUUUAAACCUAGAGUUUUAAGGUCUAAUAUGGUUUAUAGACAUAACACCUUCAUUUGAUGUAAAAACUCAAAAAUCUUAAAAAUGGUACUUAACCCCAUCAUCCACUCAUGUCUUCAAUAAAAUUGUGUACAAUUGAAGACAUUAAUCGUUGUGCACAAUGUGGUACUGGUGGCUACAUCCCGUCGGGAUGGAUAGUUUUUGAUAAUAUUAAAUGAGUUUAUACAAAUACCUACCAACUUUUAUUGGUGAACUCAAUGAAUCAGAAAUGAUGAGUUCGAAGUUACACCUCGUUUCCGGCGGGUCGAUGUGAUUUGCGAAAAUUUUAAGUCACGUUUUUUUCACUUGACAAAUUAUGUAUGACUAAAAUUAGUUGACAAGAUACCUACUUAUAUUUUAAUAUUUUUUCUUUGAAAUAUUUUGUUAAAGCCAAAGAAGUUUUAUUUGUUACGUAAUUGACACACGCUGUUUGUUUUGCGAUUUUUAGGUAAAAUUUUAGUGUCAUUUUAUUAUAAUAUGAGCUCACUUUGUUUGAAAAUCGAAUUGCAUUAGUCAAUUUUUAACAACAAGUGUUUUUUAAUUACUUCCAUUUUAGCGUGGUCUUGUUGCGCCACGUCUUUGUUAAAGAAACUCAUGUCAGUGCGAGUUUUUUAACGUUCUCGAUAGCGUAAAAGUUAACCCAGUUUUGUAUGCAGUUGGAACAGCGCCCCUAGCGGCUAACGCAGGCAAACGAUCCCAUUCCAUACAAAUAUGAGCUAACUUUUACGAUAUCGAAAACGUUAAAAAACUCUCACUAAGCCCACAGUAAUAAGAACGGUUUACGUUUUCGUGUCGUUCAUAGCGAGUUCACCAUUAAAAGUGAAAUUGUUUCUAAUUUAAAUGUUAUUGUAGGAUUCGAUACACAAUAUCUUCGGGCCUAAGUAAACUUGUAUAUCAUAGGGUUUGUGUGGUCAUCGUACGUUGAUGAUAAUUUUAACUGUAUAUGUAUAUAUAUGUCGCGUAUUACCAAAGAACGUUGCAAUUUUACUACAUUUAUACAUUAGUAGCCGCGCAUAGUCAUGUAGAACAUCGAAACACCACCUGCCCUGGUGAAACUGGAAAGGCCUCCGGGCCACCAGUAAUAAUUCAAUCAUAAAAAAAGAGCAUUGAAAACCUAAUACGUAGUCUAUAUUGAAAUAUAAUUAUAUUAAAACUAAAUUAUUAUUAUCUACAUGAUAUAGGUAUUUUAAUGUCAAAAUUACCUCUCGUGUGUUUUGACAAGUGAAUGUGCUCAAUUUUUCUUUAUAGAAAAGAAAAACAAUUUUGACAAAAAUUCUAUUACAUCUAUUACAAGUUAAAAAAAUAUAGGUCUGUGUUGUAAUAUUAAAUAUUUGUCGUAGUGUUGCCAUAAUAUUAAAUAUUUAAAGAUAUUUUGUGGUGUAUCCGUUGUUGCUGGACAACGUAUUGAAUUCUGCAUAUCCGAAACGUCUCGAAGGUUCCCGCGAGCAGCCGUCACAAACUACCCGCCUUUGUCGAUGCCUUAUUGAAUUGCUACGUUGUUUGGUAAGUGAAUAGGUUGUGUUUUAGAAAGCAAAUAAUUUAUAACUGAAUGUUGUGAAUAUUCAUUCCUCUGUUGUGACGAUGUAUUAUUGUAAAAAUUAUGAAAAAUAAAUAAAUAUAUAUAUAUGUCUAUAAUUAUGUUAUUGGUCGACAUAUGACAAUAGUGACGUGCUCUGAAUGUCCAUAUUGAGUGCCUAUAAAAUGCUUUUAUUUUAUUAGUACUUUUAUCAUUAAUUAAUUAAUUAAACAAACAGUCAGUCCGGGUAACUUUGAUAAAGAUGACGUUGAAGUUUUUGGGUUAAAUAAUUCAAAUGCUUCUCGCGAAUGGACGCGCGGAUCACAAGUUACCGGAAGUGGCUGCACACAAAUUGCCUUUGAUAAAUUAUUAUUCCAAUACAAUAUAUUAAUUAUUUCCUAUGAAUAGUGAAGUUUGUUCGUAUUUUUUUUUGGUAUUUUCGAAGGACCGCACUAUAUUUAGAUGAAUGUUCGUAGGUGGCACCUAUUGUUGUAAUUAAUAACUCUAUAGGCGUUCCGAUGAUCGCCGAACGCGUAGUUGUCUCUUUUUCAAAUUUGAAACGUUUUCACUCUGGUAUGAUGCUAGUGGAACUAUGGUAGUGAAUUGUUUACAAACUGGACCCGUAGCCGGUAGAUAACAUGGUAUCUUUGUAUUGCGAAUUAUUGAGGACAUUUUGUUUCGUGACUGAUGUUGUUCCACGUUAUAUACGAUUGAAAAUACCAUUGAAUGAGUUUAAUGGAUAAUUUUAAUGAAUGCCAUGAUUUUUGUAUGUUUUAUUAAACUAUUUGUUUUGAAAGAUUAAACGUAAAUUUUGACUUUAUCAGAUUUUUUUUUACUCAAAAGCAAAGAAGUCUCUUUUGUACGCUUUUGUGUAUGUUUGGUUAAUGAUAAUAUUUUGAAGCCAAGUAACGGAAUUUUGAGUACGCAGAUGUAUUAUCACUGUUGGAAAAUGCAUUGUAUUUCCGUAAAAUUCACGGUAUUACGUGUAACAGUGAACACGUUUUUGGUUAUUUAAUUUAAUUAUUGUACUGGGUCAAGGAAAACUUUUCUGAAGCCGAAAUAUCUGUAAACUGCUCUGUGAUGCGAACGGAAACAUUAAACAGAAUUUGUUUUAUAUAUUAAUUGGACAUGUCAUUUAAAGCACGCGCAUUUAGUUUUGGCACUUGUGUACAUCCGCGAAGGUCGACCUUGCGCGUCACCUGAAAAUAUAAUAAUAUACACAAAAACAUUAGUAACAAUAAUUAUUUUUCUGUAGUAUUUGUUAAUUUUAUCCAAAGAUUGGGCAUGAUUUUUCUGUUUCAUUCGAAUUUGAAACGUUCCAAGUGUUUGUUGUCUGCUCACGACGCCUCCACACUAGCGAGAUCGACUUGUAGACACGAGCUUAACUUUUUGUAUUUUUAAAACGUUACAGGAUUGAUGUCGAACAAGCAGUUUGGUGGACUGUAUUCCUAUUGUUUAGUUGUAAACGAAAAUUGUUUAUGGAAUGGCCAAAUUGACAUUUGACAUGAUUCGAAUUUGAAAAAUUAUUGAAUGACACUUAAAAUAAUAAUUUUCGUCAAACGUCCAGACAAUAUUUCGACAAUAGACAAUAUUUCUCUAAAAAAAUAAAUAUCGCCUCAAAAUGGGAUUUGUGUGGCCAUUGCGUAAUGCAAGCAGAGUAUGGUACCGCUCAAGACAAAUUUUAAAAUUAUGUAAUCAUCAUUUCUCGUAACGAGCAUCUUUGAUUGACUCUACUCUACCUAUUGUUAUUAAUUGAUUAACGCCUUCAAUUCCUAAACAAGAUCUAAAUCUAAUGUAGGUACGUACCUAUGUAAAAAAUAUGGGCACGAUGCUUAAUGAGUCGUCUAUUAUCAAAGGUGGCAAUCUGUGCAUUUGGACAAAAAAAUGUUAUUGAUAUGUCAAUACAGAUUGAUUUGAAUAAAAUCGUCUCCUUCAAAGAAUACGGUUCAAAACCUGCAUUAAAUAAAGGUUAAUACUUAACCUGUUAUUUAUCUAUGAUGUCGUUCAGAAGAGUUUUGUGACUGCCAAUGGAAUACAAUGUCAAUAAUUCGUUUUUCUGAUUUACCAAUAAUUGUCCAAAAGUCACAUUGCCGGCUUUGAUAAUAGACGACUCCUUUAAACAAAAUUAAAUGCCCACAAACUUUUUUAAACCUAGAGAUAGUUCAUUUACGUCUCACGGAAUCCAAGACAGAAAAUCACCGCUACACUUUUAUUUUAUCGUAUGAACGGAAUCAUAAAAAUUGUGUUUUUAAUUUUAAAAAAAGUUGUUUUGUAAAAUGCUGUUUUCAAAUUACGUAACUUCUAACUAACAUCAGGACUAAACAUAAAGUUGACAUUGUGAGAUGUGAAUUUGGCUUACAACGAACAGUCUUUAAAAAACGAGUCGCUAGUCUAAAUAUUUUGAUGUCUACUUCGAUACAAAAAUGCAGUCCGCCAAAUUCGACAAAGUGUAUUUUAGAUGUUAAGAAAUGUGUGGCCUUAUCGCAGUAAUAAAUGUACAGAAUGGUGAUUAUUGUAAAUUUCCCUCAGAUCCUUGUGUACAUUUAAAUUCGUGCGAACAAAAAUAAUGUUUUGAAAUGAACGAUAUUAGCUAAUUAUUGACAAAAGUAGUUUAUUCUGCGAUAAGGUAGUUAUUGUUGUAUGGAAGUGAAUGACGAGAUUUUGUGUAAAAAUUUGGAUGAGGAAAACAGUGUCUGGAAAUAAAACUAGUCAUGUGUUUA